CACAACCUGCUACUAUCACAUAAUUUUACAUAAAGGUAGCAGCAGUGGAGAAAUCUCCAGAGGAAACUCUUCUCCGACAUUUAGAAACAUAGAAUACAAUAUAAUACAACAUACAAUGGUAAUCUCUGAAUUGCUGCAGACUGUGUAACUUAGUUUCAUUAGAUUGAUUCUAAUGAGCAGAAGAGAUGGUUGAUCCUACAGCUGCUGUGGUUCUUCCGAGUGUGGAGUCCAGCCUGCACAGCAACGUCCAGACUCUUCUCAAAGAGAUGAACAGCCAAAGUGCUCCACAGAAAGGAAGGCUUAGAUGGAGUCUUCAUAAGAAGUUGGAGGGCGAUCCAUCCCGCAGCGAUUCACUGAUCCGAGAGCUGGUCAAAGAGCUGGAGAAGAAGCUAAAGGGUGUUAGCCAGAUGAAUAAAAGACAAUCCUACAUGCAUGUCAUCCCAGUGCUGCACACUCUCUACUAUGUGGUUAUUCAGUCAGGUGCCAUGAUCCCUACCAGUCUGUACCAGGUGGUGUAUGAGUGUUUGAUAAAACUGCUGAUACUACCUUUACCUUACUCUGCUGUGGCCCUGAGCACUCUGAGGAGCAUCAAGGUGGAAAUGAUCACACCAGGCUCCUUGUAUCAGAUGAGAGUUAUUGCAGAGCAAAACCUGAAGAAUGAGCAUUUCACUUUGCAAGAAAAGGUGUUUGUGCUUGCUGACCCAGCUGUGUUUUCUGUUCGACUGGAAGCAACAAUAAGAGCGUACUUGGAAGUUUCCAGCUCUCUCAGGAACACACCAGCAAUGGAGAAGAAUGUGGUGCUACGUGUGCUGCAGACGGCGCUGGGGACGAUGAACGGCCAAAGCUCCAGACUGGCUCAGUCUCUGGACGCUUUAGAGGACCAUAUGAUAGAGAAAUAUUUUCAGGAAGUGGUUCUAGCUGUUGAGCAGAGUAUAAAGCAUGGUGCAGGUGGUCAUGCAAACUAUCUGAGCAAACUACAAGACAUAUACAGAGACAUCCUGACUGCCUCCAAAGAAGAAAUAACCAAGUUAGAUCACGGUACUGUGUGCGGCCCUGCGAUGCCCUUUCCAGAGAUCAACUUCCUCAUGUGGAAAUAUGAAGAGGAUCUGUGGAAUCUACUGACAGACUUCGCCCUGGGUUGCUGCCCUAACUCUGGUGUUGAUGGAAAAGUAAAGAACAAGCGACAUUCAGUUGAAUCUGAGUACAGUGGCACAGAGACAGAUCUAAAGGAGAGUGACUUUGAUGACGGAGAGCAGACUCCAGUCAGAAAUCCUGGGCCAGCAUUCAAUCGGAGAAAUGCCUUUAAGAACAUAAAGCCAGCAGAUAAACUGAGCCUAAUGAGGGAGAAGAUAGAAGCAUUUCCUGGAAGCUUUCCUGUCCUUAAAGAAGACAGGAGGCGUCACACAGCGCGGGUAGUGGUGAUGGGAGACGAUCGAGUGCUGGGAAGACUUUCCCGGGCUUAUCACUCUAUUCGAGAAAAGGAGUCAAAAUGUCUUAUUUUGACCAAGAAACUGAACCUACAGUUGUACUACAUCCCAGUCACUGAUGUGGAGCCUUCGCUCAGUCUACCAGAUAGCCCACGUCAGAAGGAAGGCAGACGGUCACUCGCCUCCUUAUUGGGAACAGUGGAUCCAUGGUACAACAGCAACAUUAACAGUCUGGAAGCUGAAAUCUCCAAACUGGCUAGAAUGCACUCUAAUCACAGUGAGCCAUCGCAAAACCUCUUUCUACUGGACACCCUGUGUUACUACCUACGCUGUGGGACGCAGCCAGUUAACCUUCCGAUCUACUCGGUUAAGAUGACCUGUUCCAGCUGUGAUGUGACCUCUGUGGUGGAGGAUGUGUUUGUGUCUCAUCUGGAGGCAGAUAUCCCAGAGUUCAGGCACCUUAAAGAAAAGUCCUCAAAGGAGCCCUCCGCACGCCGAAAGAAGUCAACAGUAGAAGUCCUUGGGGCGGUCAUCUCAGUCAGUUAUACAAAGACCUCUUUAAGCAAACGAGAAGUUGUAAAUGGAGAGGCACCGAUGACAUAUGGCGUGGUGAUCACAUCAGAGCCGGCAACUGUAACAUCAGGUGAGGAUUACCUUUCUGUCAGGUUUGACAGUGUGAACCCAGGAUACAACACAACAAUCCAAACCCGAAACAUCAGCAUCAAGACGUUUGAGCAUCGAACACUCUCUGUGUGCCUGGACAAGGACUCUUGCAGGACAUACACUGAUGUCCAAAGGAUAGAAAUCUCUCCUUGCUUGGACCCAGGAUGCAACAUCCGGUCCAGGUCAGGUGUCAGCAGCAAACAAGAGCUGCCGUUGAGCAAGUAUCUGAACAAAGUCCUGUCACUGCCAAUCAACACCUUCACUGGUGUGAACCUCUGAGGGACACAAGCUGUCGACUUCAUGUAUACAUGUGUGAGUUAUUGUGUGUUACACAGUGGUCAGUGACAGAACAUUUGGUAACUAUUUCAGACUAGUUGUAAGCAGAUAUGUUAGUAUGUGUUUAUAAUAUAUUUGUCAAAAACUGUGAGUCCUGCUGUUGACACCCAGAAGAGACUAGUGUAUAAUUAUGAAUGACAAUAUAGUAAAACACAUUGUUUUAGUAAUAUACAAUAGCAGAAGUUAUAAACAAUGAAAAAUAUGUAAUUAAAAAAAAAAAAAAUGCCUUUGUUAUUGUAAUUUUUAGCUCAUGCUUCUUCUUAUGGUAACGAUUUAUAAUAUGAGAUCAAAACAUGUGCGUAAAAAGGAGUUUUUAACUGGUUAUGAAACAGUCUCAAUUUAAUACUGAUGCCUCUGACCUAUAUAAACAAACAAGACCAUCAGCGAGAAGACUGGCUAUUUCUAUAUAAUUAUUCCUAAUGCCUGUCACGGAUGGGAUUCAGUCGGAUUAUUAGAGUAACCGACUGAUCCAAUAACAUUAUAAUAUAAUGCUGAGUCUUGUACUUAUGCUUACAGUUGAUCCUUCUUUUAUAGCCUAGAGUGAACUUCCUCAGUCUGUUAUAAAGACUUGAUAUCAUGCUCUCAGUUGUAACAGAAGAAGAGAAUCGUGUAGUUUUCACUGUGGAAGAACAUACAGCUGUCUAUUUAAAAUAAAUUCUGUGUCUGUGUCUGUGAACUAGUGUUGAAAUCAUUAGUGGGCUGAGAGCUCCUCCUCUGAGUGUUCAGACAGAGUUUGUAUUCAGGUCUACUGAUGGUUUGUGUUAUUGUGGCUGUCUGGCUCAGUAAUACACAGCAGAGUCUUCAGGCUGUCUAAGUCAAUACUGAACUUGUUUUUCAGUGAAUCUUUGUAAUAUGUACUCCAUCCAACACCUGCCCUCUGAUCCACUCCAGUCCUUUCCCUGCAGGCUGUCUGAUCCAACCUGUGGGAUAGCUGCCCAGAGAAUAGGAGACCUGACAGGUGAUAGUCAGACACUGACCAGGCUGCACAGUCACAGAGUUCUGACUGUGUCUAUUGUUCACACUUCUGUGACGGCCCCUGCCUAAUCAGCUGCUGCGGAUGUGAUGGACAAGUUACUGUUUUUCCUAUGUGUCCUCAAAGGUACCAUGCAGCAUCCAGCCACAUUUGGAGCACCUGGGCCAAGCAAUCCCAAAGGAUAAAAGCUAUGCUCUGGCUCUCUCUCAUCUGGAUCCAUCCCCACCAACGCCUACAUCUCACAUUCCUCACACACUCACAUCUACACCACUGAUGUUACUGACUGAUACACUUCACAUUUGCACUUAAUAAUGAGUUGUUUGCAUUUACUGCAAUCAUCAUCCAUUGUGUCCAUAUCUGUAUUUGUCAUGGCACUUCACACCUGUGGAGGAAAACAUGUUGAAUAUUAAACCAGUGAACGGUCAGUGUGCUGUGAUCAUACUGUCAGUCUCUCAGUGAGACAGUUUGCAUAUACGAGGACACUGACAGGCUAUAAAAAAAAAGAUCAACCGUAAGAACAAGCACAAGACUCAGAAUUAUAUUAUAAUGUUAUUGGAUCAGUGGGUUACUCGAAUAAUCCAGUCAUACAUGAAUGCUGCAAAUAGCAACACACUUCAUUUGGGGUCACCAUUUGCAAUUGGUGUAUUUUACAGCGUCAUUCUUUGCGGAUUGUAGCUUAGGGUGGGCCGUGCUGGGAGCGUGACUGAUGGUGGUGGCUAUAUAAUUGUGACAUCACAACCUUAUGGACGUCCUGGCGGCUCAUUUGAAGGCAUCAUUCUGAAUACAGGCUGUGUGCAUUUCUCCAUGGUUGUCAGUGCAACGCCAGAAGUAUAUCCUCUAAAAGCUCUGGAUUUGCAUUGGGAUUUGGUAAAGGAGGGGCUUAUUGAUAUAUUUGAUAUAUUUCAAAUACAUCUGUCAGAUUAAAAUAUGUCAAGCUGAAUUUAAUGUGUUUUUCAGCAAACAUGGACUCUGACCACCUUCCUGUUUAACAUGCUACUGGGUCUUCUUAUCUCAUAAUGUUUCUUUAAGUGGACAGAGCAUAUUCAAAACCUCACUCUGCCAAUAUAUUCCAUGUAAAUGGAUGAUGUAACUCAAAAGAGAAGAUAAAUACCACUUUAUUAAACUUUUUUUUCAUGAAAGUCUGUCACUUACAUUGCAAGAGAAAUUAUGUUUUAUUUUGUGUGUGAAUCAAAUAUGUCUGUAUGUAGAGUACAUACAUGAACAGGAUCAGUGUUGUUCAUACACAACAUACAAAAUGUGCAAAAACUGAUUUCAUGGCAUUAUCUGGAUCAUGCUAUCAGAUAAUGGGGAUACAGACAGAAUAAAUUCACUAUUGGAAAUUAAUUUUCACUGAAUAUGUUUUUUUCUGGAAUCAAAUUGGUCAUGUGCUCAUUAAUUUCAUUCAUGGGCUUCUCAUGCAACACAACAAACUAUUCAGCUUGAAAUGUGAUCACUGUGUGUCGAUUGAGAAGAGAAUAGCUUCUAAUAGCUUCUAAUUUUGACAAAGCAUAUAAUAGGCUGAUGAUGUAUGUGCUGCAGUCAUUUAUUGAUAAUGAGAUAACUUGCAUGCUGAGAUUAUACAGCAUUGUAUUGUUUUGAUUAAUACCACAUUUUAAUCAGAACUUCUGGCUAUAACAUUAUUGUUUAUUUUUUUCCACAUAUUUAAAGGAAUUACUACAGUA